CUUUUAAUUUUCUUGAGAUUCUCCCUAAGUCAACUUCUCCUCUUCUACUAUAAAUAGCAAACACAUAUCUCACACUUCUCUUCCAACCUAGAGAUCAUAAAGAGAGGCCAAACCAAACCAUACCCACAUCAUAAUUAUAAUUAAUCUUCUCCCUAUCCUUCUCUCUCUUGCAAUAAUGGAGAAUGAGGAUGCUGCAUCUCUUCCUUCAACACCGGCUACACCAGGUACUCCCGGUGCCCCUCUCUUUGGUGGGUUUAAAGGAGAGAGAAAUGGCCAUGGAAUUGGAAGAAAGUCUCUUCUUAGAAGUCCAUGCAAGUGCUUUAGUGUUGAAGAAUGGGCCAUGGAAGAAGGAAGACUCCCUCCAGUCUCUUGCUCAAUCUCAUUGCCUCCUCCCCCUCCCGUCGCUCUUGCAAGAAAGGUGGGAGCAGAAUUCAUUGGCACAUUUAUACUUAUAUUCGCCGGGACAGCCACAGCCAUUGUUAACCAAAAAACACAAGGGGUGGAAACACUACUGGGCUGCGCCGGCUCCACCGGUCUCGCUGUCAUGGUCAUCAUAUUAUCCAUCGGUCACAUUUCCGGUGCCCAUCUCAACCCCGGUGUCACCGUCGCCUUCGCUGCCUUAAACCACUUCCCAUGGAAAAAUGUACCUGUGUAUAUAGGAGCACAAGUAACGGCAUCAUUGUGUGCAUCAUUUGCACUGAAAGGGAUAUUUCAUCCCUUCAUGGGCGGGGGAGUGACAGUGCCUGCAGAGGGAUUUGCAUAUGGAAAAGCUUUUGCUUUGGAGUUUAUUAUCGGCUUCAAUCUCAUGUUUGUUGUCACCGCCGUGGCCACCGACACUCGAGCUGUGGGGGAGUUGGCAGGAAUCGCGGUGGGAGCUACCGUAGCUCUAAAUAUACUCAUAGCCGGACCUUCGACUGGCGGGUCAAUGAAUCCGGUGAGAACGCUGGGUCCAGCGGUUGCGGCAAACAAUUAUAAAGCCAUUUGGGUCUACCUCACGGCUCCAAUCCUUGGAGCGCUAUGUGGUGCAGGAAGUUAUUCUGCAGUCAAACUGCCAGAGAAAGAUGGUGAAACUCAUGAAAGACCUACCACAACGAGCAUCAGAAGGUGACAAAACAACAUCGUCCCAAGUCCUACUUAAAAAUAAUACAAGAACUCAGUCUUAACAAAAUGCAAGUGAUUCAGUAGUUGGCAAGAUGGAGAAAUACAACUGCUCAAUAAUCUUAGUGGUACAUAAACAGAAAAAUAAAAAAAUGGAUAAGUUUGAUAUUCGUAUCAACCUUAUGCCUGAUAGUCAAGCUAGAGACUUCAAUAAUGGGUCGAGGAUUGAGUUUGUGCUCAUAAAGUAUAUAUUUGAAUUGGGUGAGAGAAAAAAAUCAAAAUGGUAUAGGGAUUGUUAGCAUUUGUUGUUUAGUUUCCUGACUUUUGAUUGUCAUGUUGUAUGUGUAAAGAACUGAGAUGUAAUCUCCGAUAUCAAGUUUCCUUCCAACUCCUAUAAAUCUUGAUUUCAUAAGAAA